CAACGGUCAACCCUCAGCCGGUAGAGUGUCCACAGUUGCUGUCUAUUCUUGUACGGUAUUCAGUCUUCUCUUCCCGACUUACCGAAAAAAAACUUUCAAAACAUUGGAGAGAAAACAACAGAACAGGAAGUCAAGUCUUGCACCAAGAGCAGAACACCCAUCGACAGUUAUCUCUUGCUCCAAAAGCUGAGGGAAAUGACCGGAUUAGUGGCAACAUUUCUUGUUGUUGCUGUUCUCAUAAUGUGUCUUGGAAGUGAAGUGAGAUCAGAUGCAUCUGAUCAUCACUACAAAGCUGGGGAUCCAGUCCCUCUAUAUGCCAACAAGGUGGGCCCGUUCCACAACCCUAGCGAAACAUAUGCAUUUUUUGACUUGCCCUUCUGUUCACCAGACCCUGUGAAAGAGAAGAAGGAAACUCUUGGUGAGGUGUUGAAUGGGGAUCGAUUGGUUUCUGCUCCAUAUAAGAUCGACUUUCUAGUAGACAAAUAUUCUCAAGUGGCAUGCAGAAAGAUGCUAACAAAGGAAGAAGUAUCUCGGUUUCGAAAUGCAGUUGUAAAGGAUUAUUUCAUUCAAAUGUACUUUGAUGACUUACCAAUAUGGGCUUUCAUUGGAAAGACUGACUAUGGUGGUGUAGUUGAACAAAUCCAGUACAAAUAUUUGCUUUUCAAACAUUUGCAUUUUCAUAUUUUUUUCAACAAGGACCGUGUGAUUGAGGUCGCUGUUAGAACAGACCCUCAGUUCUUUGUGGACAUAUCAGAGGACAAGGAAGUUGACGUUGAGUUCAUGUACACUGUGAACUGGAAAGAAAUACAAAUUCCUUUUGAGAAAAGAAUGGAGAGAUACUCAUUAUCUUCGACACUGCCUCAUCACUUGGAAAUUCAUUGGUUUGCGAUUAUGAACUCAUGUGUGACCAUUGUCCUAUUAGUUGGCUGUUUUGUGACCUUUUACAUACGAGUCCUUAAGAAAGAUAUUAUGAAAUAUGCACAAGAUGAGGAAUUAUCUGACAACCAAGAAGAGACUGGAUGGAAAUACAUCCAUGGCGAUGUGUUUCGGUAUCCAAAGCAUAAGUCCCUAUUUGCUGCCGCUAUAGGUUCUGGCACCCAGUUCUUUACUCUUAUGGUAUUCGUUCUCAUUCUAGGACUGGCUGGCAUAUUCUAUCCAUACAACCGAGGUCGUUUGUUAACUGCACUAGUGGUCAUAUAUGCAAUUACAUCUGUGAUAGCUGGUUAUACUGCGGUUUCUUUCUAUUGUCAGCUUGAAGGACCAAACUGGGUGGGGAGUCUGCUGUUUGUAGGAUGCAUAUUUUCUGGGCCUCUAUUCGUUACAUUCUGCUUCCUUAAUACUGUUGCAAUGGCUUUCAGGGUAACUGCAGCACUUCCUCUGGGUACUAUUGCUUUAAUAUUUCUCAUAUGGAUAUUUUUAGCAUCACCUUUGCUUUUGCUGGGCGGCAUUGCUGGAAAAAACAGUAAGUCUGAGUUUCAGGCCCCCUGCCGCACCAGUAAAUGUCCCAGAGAGAUUCCAACACUGCGUUGGUACAGGGGCCUUCUUCCUCAGAUGGCAUUGGCAGGCGUUCUUCCUUUUGGUGUUAUCUACCGCGAGAUAUACUAUAUAUUUGCCAGCAUUUGGGGUCAUCGGGUUUACUCAACAUAUGGUAUCUUGUGCAUUGUCUUUGUUCUUCUUCUGGUUGUGACUGCUUUUGUGGCUUUGGCUUUGACAUAUUUUCUGCUUGCUGCUGAAGAUCAUGAAUGGUGGUGGAGGUCUUUUCUUUGCGGUGGAUCAACUGGCUUGUUUAUCUACGGCUACUGCUUUUAUUAUUACUUCACACGAACAGCUAUGAAUGGCCUCCUGCAAAGUUCCUUCUUCUUUGGUUACAUGGCUUGCAUCUGCUAUGGUAUAUUUCUCAUGCUUGGGACCGUGGGCUUUCGUGCAUCUUUAGUCUUCAUUCGUUACAUCUAUGGGUCGAUCAAGUGUGAAUAGUAGUCUGAAUCAUUUAAACUACAUUCUGUCUUUCCUCAUUUUGCUCUACAAAAUGUGGUUAAGAAAGGUCUGCAAUUUUUGUUGGAUUAUGUUCUAGGGGUGUUCCAAGUUUGAGUAGUGAUGGAAGCAAAAUGUUCUAUACAUGGUGUCUGGAAAGUUACGUUUAAGUUCUCGUGUGUGAAGCAUUGGCAUAGAGGGCUUACUGAUUUUCAGGUAUCUAUAUUCUGAGAGAUAUUUGUCUUAGGAAGAAGCAUGUACUAUAUGACACCUUUGUUCUCAAUUGAAUUUCUAGCUUUUCAUAGAUGGUAGUGCUGUGAGUUGCACUGCCCUUCAUCCAAUUAAAUGAAGCGUGGCAGGGCCUCUUAAGAUUA